CUCCAUGUUGUGACCAUGACAGCUGCUUCGCUCUUUCCUUCACUGCAGACAGCUGAUAGCAGCACGCUGCAGGCAGAGGAGUAAACUCGCGCCUCUGGGCUCAUGUGAAGGCGUGAUGAUGCACGGCGAUCCCAAAGCAGCACUCGCGCCUCGCCCCGAGGUCUGGCGGAGCCUGCAGGGGCAUAGAAGAGUUGCGGCUUUUCAAACAUGGCAACUCUUCCAUUUUCUUCACAAAGGGUCAAUGUAUCAUCGUUUUCUUCGAGACACAAUAAAGUCCAUUUAUGAGCGUUGCGGGUAAGGCGUCACUGGACACAGCCAAGCCACUCUCGAGUUAAUAACCCAUUCUUCCUGAGGCGCCUUCCAUUGACACUGGCGUGAUGUAGUGUGCCCUUCCCCAGCAAUGCCUUAAUGCCAUCAGACCAGUUAAUACUGACACUCUAAUUUCAUGGAUUAAAGCUAAAGAAGUUAAGCUUUCUAUUGUUGGUGAACACAACAAGAUCACGAUCAAUAUCCUUUCGGUGACCGUCCACACACCCUCUCUGGCCAGAACACCUGACCAGCCCGUCCGGGACAGCCACUCGCCAUGUCGAUGCUGCUACCCCUGCUGGCGCUGCUGGUGGCCACUCUGCCAGCCACUGCGGAGAUGAACCAGGUGGUGUGGCACCGGGCGCUGGUCUCGCAGGCUCAGCUCGACGCCGCCACCAUGUCUGAAAGCUUCCAGGUGUCUGAUGAGAUCCUGUGCGCAGCCCUGGCUAACAACUCCCCCCGGUGUCACCUGCUGACCUACGAGGGCACCACCUGUGUCCUGUACGACGUGGCGGUGGACAGUCUGGACGCCGCCCCCGACGCCACCACGCCCUGCAGGACCCGCCACCGCAACGUGUGUUUCGUGGACGGCGUGCCGGUGUCUCACGGGACCAAGGUUGAGCAGGAAUGCUUCACCGCCCUCUGCUGGAAUCGUGCCGUCAUUCCUUACUACGCAGCGUCGACGACAUGCGACGGUGACUUCGUUCAAGACGCCCUUGGCUGUGUUUACCUGCACCAGGUAGAGAUGACCUGGUGCGACGCUCGACAGCACUGCGCCACACUGGGCGCCGACCUCGCCACCGUUUCUGCUUCAGAGUUUCCAGCUCUGCAAGCUUUUCUGGAAGCCUCUGCCAGUGGUGUGCAAGUGUGGGUGGGCGCGACGUUUCAGAAGUGGCUGGAUGGUCGUGACGUGGCAGGUGAGGAGUGGGGCAGUGGUGAACCCAACGGACCUCUUGAUGACUGUGUCCGCAUGAAAAGAUACAACGGAAUGUACAAACUAUAUGACAAUGGUUGCUCAAAUGCCUUUACUUUUUUGUGCAGGAGGCCAAUUUAACAUUCACGUCGUCCAGUGUUUGGUGUCUUGUCUGGAUUACUUGGUAUAGAUUCUACUGAAGUCACUGGGAUUUUCAGUGAUCCUAGUGGUGGUUUGACUAGAGUAGAGUUCUGCACAUUUAGAACUGGAAGUCUUUGAAGUUAUUAAGAGUGAUUGUGCUUGUAGUGUUAAUUAACAAGACUGUAUUUUUAACAGGAUCUACUAGAAAUUAUUGAGGAAUUAAAUGUUUUAGCAGUUCUAGUAUUGCUUUACCAAAGUGAACUUUCAAAAGGCUGUAGUAGAAGUUAUUUGAUAUUUCAAGAGACUGUUUUCAUGAAUUCAGUGGUGGUUUUAAAAUUAUUCUUUAUUUUAAACAAAUUUUAUCAAGUUUCUAAGAAUGUUCUGAUGAAUCUAGUGAUAAUGUAAGAGAUUAUAUGGUAUAAUCACCUAAAGAACAAAUGAAUUU